ACACUAUUUUAAAACAUGCCGUGAAUCACACACUAUCGAAUGGAAUACUUAUGCGAGCCACGUGAAAAGAAUAAUUAAAAUUCCAAUCAAUCCAAUAUUUCAAGUAGAAAGUAUUCGACAUACAACAGUGUCUGUAUACAGUCUCAAUUGGAUGAUUUUAAUUAACGGAAUUCCUAGGAAUACCGGUAUUUUGGAAUCUAUUCUAUCAUCCAACUUGCUCUCAAACCUCUUCAAACAGUAUUAUUCCAACAUCCGAAAACUGAAAACAUCGGAGUUGGAUUUGCUGCGAAAGAAUGACGUUGGGAACGAUAAGAAAAUGUGUCAGUCUUUUUAAAUCGUGCAAUUCGACGAAUCUAGUUAGUUUGCACACGCUUUCAGAGUCAGCAACUCUCCGUAAUUUGAAGCGGGGCCUUAUUAUGGAUAGUUCAAGGCCGGUUUCCACUUUUCCCGAAGAGAAACCAAAGAAACUUAACCUAGUUAGUAAAAAGGAAAUCGAGGAGUUUGAAGAUUUAUUUCCUGGCCUAGUAAACGACUUGGUUACAAACGAGCACUUCGGAAAUUUGACCGAAGUUACGUCGAGAUUCGCUAAAUCCCUAAAUUACAAUGUACCCCACGGUAAGAAAAACAGAGGUUUGGCAGUUGUUGCAUCCUACAAGAUUUUGGAAAAACCAGAAAAUUUAACACCUGAAAAUAUCAAAUUGGCGAAUAUUCUUGGAUGGCUGAUCGAAAUGCUGCAAGCAUUCCUGCUGGUUAUGGAUGAUGUAACUGAUGGUUCAGAAACUAGAAGGGGGCAGCCCUGUUGGUACAAGCUCGAAAACAUAGGCAUUAGCGCAAUCAAUGAUGGUAUAAUAUUGGAAAACUCCGUUUACCUAUUACUGAAGAAAUAUUUCAGACAACAUCCCUCUUAUGUUUAUUUGAUGGAAUCUUUCUUGGAUGUUACUAGAAAGACUAUAAUUGGUCAAAUAUUGGAUUGCAACAUAGUAGAUCUAGAUACACUAAGCAUGGAAAGAUUUGAACUUAUUGCCUACAAUAAGACUGCUCAUUAUUCCUUCUUCCUACCUGUUUCUUUAGCCUUAUAUUUGGCCAAUUACACUGAACCCGAGGUCCAUCAACAAGUCAAGGGGGUACUGUUGGAAAUCGGAAAAUACUUCCAAGUUCAGGAUGAUUACUUAGAUUGCUACGGUGAUCCGGAAAUAACUGGAAAGAUCGGGACUGACAUCGAGACUGGAAAAUGUACCUGGCUUGCAGCGAAGGCCUUGCAGAUAGCUUCAGCUGAUCAAAAAAAGAUCAUGGAAGAGAAUUACGGGAAGCAAGAUCCAGAAAAUGUGAGGAAAAUCAAAGAUUUGUACAACGAGUUAGGCAUAGCAGAAUUAUAUGCUCAGUAUGAGGAACAAAGUUACAGUGAAAUUCAAUCCUCGAUAUUAGACCUACCGAAAGAGGCGCCCCAGGAAUUGUUGCAGAAGAUUGUUGCGGUGUUUUACAAAAGGAAUGCUUAAAAGUGGUGAAGUUUUGAGGAGUUCCAUAGUUGAAUCAAAAUCUAGAUAUUUGUUCCUUGGUAAAUAUAGGAACCAAGUCUCAGAAGGAACCAGUUUUAUUUUAACAUCUACCUCAAUGACAUGUAAUAUAUAUUUUGAUUUGUAAAGGUUUUUACUUUGUUGCUAAAAAAGACUGACAGCUAUCCGAGA